ACCUUGUUGCUGACGUGGCUCGCGGAGAUGGUCGUGUGAGGAACGCCGUUAACGGCGCUGCUGUCCAAAUUGAGGCGCGGAGUGAGGACGCGUCUGUGCACCUAGGUCAUGGCACGAGGGGAAGGAGGUGGCGGCGGCACAGGCAGCCUUGGCGGCGCGGUCACCGGAGAAGACGGCGAUGCCGGAAGUUGUGCCGACGGCGGUGGAGAUUGUAGCGGAGGCCCAGGUGGCGGCCAGCUGCCCCGUUGCAAUUUGGGAGAGGAGGGGGAGAUCUGCGGGAGCUCGAACCCGCCCGGCUCCUACUUGCAGCUCCCGCCGGCGGCGAGCACCGUCGCGCUGUUGAUGGCACCGGAGAGCUCGCGGUGGACCACUCCUGCCGCUAGUUACAGCUUGGAUGACGAAGUGUGGUCAGUCAGAUUGGAAUUUGAGGGUAGUGAACACAUGGUGAUGAAUAUUGGGAAGUCUGACAUCACGUUGCAUUUGCUAAAUUUAAUUGAGAGAAAGGGCUAUGGAAUUAGAGAUUCCAUGUACUGUUUGCUAGUAGAUACAAAUGGUGUGCCAGGGUAUGAGUUGUUAGAUGGAAUGGGUAAGGUGCUGCAAAUGUUGGGAAUAUAUGAGCAGAAGCAUGCAGUUACAGUCAUAGUUAUGAAGGGAAAGAAUAAGCCAACGUCUAGCAUGAUCAGUGCUAUUGCUGUUGAAAAUUCUUAUUCACUGUAUGAUGAUGAAUUGUCAUACCUUGGCAGCAGGCAGAAUAUUUGUGUUGAAGAAAACAAGGCAGAUUGUUUAUCAAAUUCGGAUGAGGAUUUGUUUGCUCAAGAUUAUGAUACACAACUUAGGGAAGAGAAGAUUGAGUUGAGCCAGAAGUUAAUAGAGAUGAAAAAGAGGAGGCAACAACCGGAUGAGCAUAUAGAAGGAGAUACAGAUGUUGAUGACCUUUUCUGUCAUUCAGACAGUGAUGAUGAUGGCAGUUGUUUCAUUCAGAUGGUCCUCCCAGAGGAUGAGCCUAUGCAAGAGAAGAGGAGGAAGCUGACUCCUGUUAGGAAAGGGCCAACAGAGAGGGCACAUUGCAGUUCACAUAUAUCCGAACCUGCAUGCUAUGUGCCAUCUUCUGAUUCUGGCUCAGAUGGUGACCUUAGAGAAGAAGAUGAUGAUGGAGCUGCAAUGUCCUGGGCAGUGCCUAGUGGUAGGAAGAGUAGGGCAAAGAAGAAAGCAACCAGGGUUUGGUAUGAUGAGGACAGGUUGCAGCCUGAAGACCAGUUAUGCCUGAAGAUGUGCUUCACUGAUGUUUACCAGUUUAGAAGAGCACACUCUAGAAUUUGCACAUAGCCCAACUAAGAAACUUUGCGUACCACAGGAAUGGGCCAAACAGAGUCAUUGCUGAGUGCUCCGAAAGGAAGACAGUAGGCUGUAAAUUCCACAUGACUGGUUCAACAAUUGGAAAAGAGAAAACAUUUUGUCUCAGAAAGUUAAGUUUGCAGCACACAUGUGCAACUUCAGGUGAAAGAUGCAAGGUUACUGGAAAAUGGGUUGCCAAGGUUUGUGAGAGGAACAUGAGGAUGGACACCAGGACAAGUAUCGAGACUGUGAUGGAUACUGCCAAGGAAAAUUAUGGUGUUGAGGUUGGAAAGGUAAUGGCUUACAGAGCGAGGAAGAGAGCUUUGGAGGUUGUGCUAGGUGAUCAGGUGAAGCAAUAUAAGAGGAUUAGAGACUAUUUGCAGGCAGUGAUUGACACCAACCCUGGUAGUAGGUGCAUUGUUACUACAAAAGAAUUGGUAGAGCACCCAAGCCCAAAUCCUAGAUUCCAUGGCAUGUUCGUUUGUCUAAAUGGAUCAAAAGAGGGAUUCCUUAAUGGUUGCAGACCAUUUAUUGGGUUGGAUGGAUGCUUUGUCAAGCUGACCACAGGACAACAAAUACUUGCAGCAACCGGAAGAGAUGGGAACAACAACAUUUAUCCACUUGCAUUUGGACUUGUCGACAAGGAAGACACUGCUAGUUGGUGUUGGUUUCUUACUCAGUUGAAGAUAGCUAUUGGUGGAGUAGAAGGAAAAUUUGGAAAAUACACUAUCAUUUCUGAUAGGCGAAAGGGGCUGCUCAAAGCCAUUAACCAAGUAUUCCCAGAAUGUCCACAAAGAUAUUGUCUAAGGCAUAUUUAUGCCAACUUUCAGCAAGCGGGCUUUAGAGGGGAAGAACUGAAGAAGUAUAUGUAUGCUGCCAGCUACUCCCACACCCAACAUUUAUUUGAUGUUCAUAUGCAGAACAUGAAAGAUGAGUCAGAGGAAGCUUGGGCAUGGCUAAGCAAGAUUCCAGUGGAGUGCUGGGCAAGGUACGCAAUGGACACUAACUGCAAAACUGAUCUUGUUGUGAACAACUUGAGUGAGGUUUUCAACAAGAUGAUUCUAGAUGUUAGAGGCAAACCGGUCAAAACAAUGUUCGAAGGUGUUAGAUCAAAACUCAUGGUGAGGCAUGAAGAGAAGAGGACGGGUGCUGCAUCAUCAAGGUGGGAGAUCACUCCUACAUACUGUGAGAUACUUGAAGAAAACAAAAAAUGGUCAAGGAAUUACAAAUCCCAGAAAUCAGUGGGAAAUUUGUGGCAAGUGAGCAGAGGUGUCGAAAGUACUUAUGUUGUUGAUUUGGAUGCUAGAACUUGUGGGUGCAGGAGGUGGGACAUGACAGGAAUUCCAUGUAGUCAUGCCAUUUCUGCGAUUUACAAAUCUAGGCAGCAACCAGAAGAUUUUGUCCAUGACUUCUUCAAGAAACCCAUGUAUUUGGAGGCAUACAACCCUGUUAUCUAUCCAGUACCAAGUGAAGAUCAAUGGAGAAAGACUGAUACAGUUGACAUAGAUCCACCUGUGUUUAAAAUAGAGAAGGGUAGACACCAGACUAAGAGAAGGAAAGGCAAAUUUGAAGUCCCUGAGCCUAAGGAGACAUCUAGGAUGGCAACUAUUACUUGUAGCAACUGCAAUCUACUUGGACAUAGAUACACAAGUUGUACACAAACACUGCAGCCACAUUUGCAGAUGAGAAAAAAUCAACACCAGGGCCAGGACCAGCUGAAGGAAUUGGAGCUGUAG